AUGUUGUCUUGCUUCUGUCUUCACCGGCAUCCCUUUAGCGUCUUUAGCGUGUCUGCCUUUUUGCUCUUCUUCUUAUCCACAGCUGAAUUCUCCGAGCUCAACAACGCCACGACGACGAGGUUCGCAGCCCUCGCCAGCACGGCGAGCGUGUCACCUCGCGAGCGAAAAAGUAAAAAUAAGUCUACCCCCCCAAGUCAGAGGCGCGGAGGCGCCGCUUUGGUCACCCCUUUUUUCAUCACGGCGUUCUCCGCAACCGAGCAAGAUACAGCCCCAUGCUGGCCGCGGCUCGAUGCGCUAGGACAAAUAGACGUGCUGCGCAAGUCUCGGAAAGGGCGGUGGCGAGCCUUUGGCGACGGCAAGAAGGAGAUUGGAGAAGUCAACAGCAGCAGCCAACAUCGCGGUCUCUUCGAUCAGGGUGCUCGCGAUGGCCGUGGCGAGCGGAGAGCGCGGCUGGCUUUUCUGAUCAUGUCCUCGGGGGACGACAUCGCCAAGCUGAGCGUCCUUCUGCCCGAGAUCUACCACCCGGACAACAUCUACCUUGUGCACGUUGACGCGAAAGCCCCGCGAGAGCAGACGGAGAAGAUUAGGGAGGUGGUCAGGGCUAAUUUUCCCGCCGCAGACGGCCGGCCUCCGAACGGCAGGCUGCUGGAGCCUGCGGGCAUCGUCUCGUGGGGCGGGUUUUCCAUAACGCUGGCUUGCUUGUACGGAAUCGCGGCGGCGCUGCUGUGGGACGAGGGGUGGGACUACUUCAUCAACCUCAGCACCUCUGACUUCCCGGUUGUGACCCAGGACGAAAUGACCCUGUUCUUGGGGGAGCACGCCGACGCCGGGGUUAGCUUCAUGGACGGGGAGCUUAUGACUGGCUUCGAGAAACGGUGGCAGGGAUACACCGAAGACCAGGGGCUGCAGCGGCGCGCGGAUCACCACACGUCGGUGGCGAUGCAGACGCUGGGGCGGAUACAGCGGGCGUACCCGCAGCGGUUCCGGCUGUACAAGGGAGAGUUCUGGGGAGCGUUCCACCGAUCAUUCUGCGAGUACGCGUCGUGGUCGCCGGACAACGUGGCGAGGACCCUGUCGGCGUACUUCACGGGGUACCGCAUCUCAGACGAGAGCUACUUCCAGACCCUGGCGUGCCACCCAGAGGGCAAGGUGUUCCCAAUACAUGGCGAUAAUUUUCGCUUCACCAGCUGGAACGAGCACCACAGGGACAGCCACGGCCGAAAGAUCGAUGCCAACGGGCAUAUCCUCAUCCACCCGGAGCCUCUGGCAAUCGCUAGCGUCGACAAAAUUAUGUCCAGCGGCGCAUUGUUCGCCCGCAAGUUCGACUACGCCAAGAGCUACCGAGUCUACCAAGCCAUGCAGGACGACCUGCGAAAUCGGGACAGGUCCGCCGCGCGGCUGGAUCGCGCCCGCGCACGGUUCGGGCUGAGAGCUAGUGACAAGGGGGGACGCGAUGAUUUCUGCCGAGGGGGGUACAACUCGUUCCGCAGAAGAACGGAGGAGAAGCGGAACGAAGGAGGUGGCGGUGUUGGUGCGGCAGUUCCCCGCUGACAUGGUGGGUGCGUACAGUUUGUUUCACCUCGAGUGCGAGAGAGAGGUUCGCAUAGUAAAAGGAAAGUGGACCCCGCAGCACCCGUAUUUGUAGUUGAAGUUGUGAUUUAAAAAUACGGGGUGCUGCUUGCCUGGGUGGUGCCGGAAAGGCGCAUCCCGCUUGGUGUGGCAUGUAUGUACGAUGUUUUUUUGUGGAAAUAGGUUCUGGUUAGGGGAUCCAGUGGGCACAUUUGGCGAUGCCUAUUGCUGCAACAGAAGUUUGUCCGCUGGUGUGAGUGAGAGGUCUCAGUAGCAGCACCUCAUGUAGAGCCCGCUCGAUCUCUUCCCUGAUGUCAAGGUGUCGGUGUGGUCUGGCGCGAAUGGUAGUGCGAGCAUCGUGCCCCGGUGUUUGGGGCUAGAAAUGCCGCACGAUGGUCUGUCGAUGUUGAAUGUGCGCGGCUUGAACUAGUGCGUUUUUUCACUGUUUUUUGCAGCUCUACGUCAGUCUAGAAAUGCCGGACGAUGGUCUGUCGAUGUUUAAUGUGCGCGGCUUGAACUGGUGCGUUUUUUCACUGUUUUUUGCAGCUCUAUGUCAGUCUAGAAAUGCCGGACGAUGGUCUGUCGAUGUUUAAUGUGCGCGGCUUGAACUGGUGCGUUUUUUCACUGUUUUUUGCAGCUCUUCGUCAGCUUUUUGCGGGCUUUCUGUGCCUUUAACUGUUGUACAUUUGUGCCCACCAGUAUUGCGGCCGGCACCGCUGCUACUGCUGCUGCUGCUGCUGCUGCUAUGCGUACGCGCCGGGAAUGGUGAUGGUGCAGGACGGGGAAAGGUGUGCGUGGUGUCGUCGUUUGCGCUAAAUAGACGUUUCGAUCUGUUUCACUAACAAUUGUGCUAGAAUCUGCACAUCUUGUAUGGUAAUUUGUCUCGUGGCAAGGUUUUUGUUGGAACACGCCCUGCGUGUGGGGCGGGGUCUUAAGUAUUAGCGUCGACCGCGCUAACCGGGCGACCAAUGAAAAGACGUCGGUCUGCGUGCCGCUGAAAACACAAAAUGCGUCUGUGUGUAUGUCGAAGUACCUAGUUUGGAGUGUUUGAAGUUGGAUGUCUUGCAGGACAGCAAAGGGUUGUAGCCUUUUUCUCAGUUUGUUUCGACGGCCGGCCAACAACGCCGCGCAGCUGGGCUGCUGCGCUAUGGAGAAACUCGUUACUUCCCAACUCUGUUUAGAAGGUAAGUAGAAAACUAGUACUUCACAGCGAUUAGCCCCUCAAUUGUUUCUCACCCACACAUAGCGUAGUGUGUUUUUACGACAGUAGCGGAUGAGCUAUUGAGUCGAGUUUUUUUCCGUGUGGUGAGACUGUGUUGAGAGGGAGAAAACGGCGGU